UUUCCGCCCCCUUUCCCCAUCUUGCUCUGCUCGCUUCCCACUCCACUCCACUCCACUCUGAGCCGGCAGCAAUGGCGCUCCUCCUCCUCUCGCUGCUCCUGCUCUGCGCCCGCUCGCCGGAGCCGGCGAUGGCGGGGGACCCGUUCGCCUACUUCGACUGGGAGGCCUCGUACCAGUCGGCCCGCCCGCUGGGCGUCGCGCAGAAGGUCAUCGCCAUCAACGGCCAGUUCCCGGGGCCGCCGCUGAACGUGACCACCAACUGGAACGUGGUGGUCAACGUCCGCAACGCCCUCGACGAGCCGCUCCUCCUCACCUGGCACGGCAUCCAGCACCGCAAGACCCCGUGGCAGGACGGCGUCGCCGGCACCAACUGCCCCAUCCCCGCCGGCUGGAACUGGACCUACCGCUUCCAGGUCAAGGACCAGGUAGGCAGCUUCUUCUACUCCCCCUCCGCCGCGCCGCUCCACCGCGCCGCCGGCGGCUACGGCGGCAUCGUCGUCAACAACCGCGACGUCAUCCCCAUCCCCUUCCCCUUCCCCGACGGCGACCUGACGCUCUUCAUCGGCGACUGGUACGUCAAGUCUCACAAGGACCUCCGGAGAUCCCUCGACGCCGGCGCGCCCCUGGGGCCUCCCGACGGCGUGCUCAUCAACGGGCUGGGCCCCUACCGCUACAACGACACCCUCGUGCCGCCGGCGAUCACCUACGAGCGGAUCAAUGUGGAGCCGGGGAGGACCUACAGGCUGCGGGUGCACAACGUGGGGGUCUCCACCAGCCUCAAUUUCAGGAUCCAGGGCCACAGCCUGCUGCUCGUGGAGACCGAGGGCUCAUACACCUCGCAGCAGAACUACAGCAACAUGGACAUCCAUGUCGGACAGUCCUACUCCUUCCUGGUCACCAUGGACCAGAACGCCAGCACCGACUACUACGUCGUCGCCAGCGCCCGCUUCGUCGCCGACCCCGACAAGCUCACCGGCGUCGCCAUUCUGCACUACUCCAACUCCCAGGGUCCGGCCUCUGGCCCUCUCCCUGCUGCCCCUGAUGACCAGUAUGACACCGCGUUCUCUAUAAACCAAGCCAGAUCCAUCAGGUGGAAUGUUACCGCCAGCGGCGCCCGCCCCAACCCGCAGGGUUCAUUCCAUUAUGGUGAUAUUACCGUGACCGAUGUGUACUUGUUGCAGAGUCGGCCGCCCGAGCUCAUAGACGGGCAACUGCGCUCUACUAUCAAUGGGAUUUCUUACAUUGCUCCUUCCACUCCAUUGAUACUUGCACAGCUAUUCAAUGUCCCGGGAGUGUUCAAACUGGAUUUCCCAAAUCAUCCGAUGAAUAGACUGCCAAAAGUCGACACCUCGGUUAUAAAUGGCACCUACAAAGGCUUUAUGGAGAUUAUAUUCCAAAACAACGCCACGACCGUGCAGAGCUAUCACUUGGAUGGAUAUGCAUUCUUUGUCGUUGGGAUGGACUAUGGAUUGUGGACCGACAACAGUCGAGGUACCUACAACAAAUGGGAUGGUGUUGCACGGUCAACCAUCCAGGUAUUCCCCGGUGCUUGGACUGCUGUGCUCGUGUUCCUGGAUAAUGCAGGGAUAUGGAAUUUGCGCGUGGAGAACCUGGACAGCUGGUACAUGGGCCAAGAACUGUACAUAAGCGUGGUGAACCCGGAGGAAGACCACAGCGACAAGACUCCGCUUCCUCUUCCGGAUAACACAAUUUUCUGCGGCGCGCUCUCGAGCCUACAGAAAGAACAGUCUCAUAGGUUCCAGUACUCGGGAGCUUCGCGGGUUGGGAAGACGGUGUCUGCGGCGAUGAUCUCGACGACAUGGUUGGCUGCUACCUGGUUGCUGUAUAGAUAGACGAAGACAUUGAAUGGACUUGCUUUGUGGAAAAGGAGUACAGAAGGAGAAGAGAUCAUACAGUGGCAGUGCAGAGACAGGAGUAUUACAUAUGGUGGAGGAAGGGCUCCUGGGAGGGAUGCUUGAUUUUUUUUGUUAGGUUCAAGUGAUGAAUGCCCCCAAUUGUAGAGUACAUGGAGCAGGAGAAAAUUAAUUAUUCCAUUCAAGAUGUGCAGUACUAGUUUUUGUGCGUAUGUGUUUACCGCUUCAAAUUCGCCGCAGUGGUUAUCAGCUUGGAUUUGGACCGGAAGUCGGUCCCGGGCACGGGCAGGCAUAUGGAUACCAAUUUGGUCUCCUGAAUGAAGAGGGGAGGAAGUUGUAAUGUGUUUGAAGUUGGACUGAAAAGUGGACUUUUCCCAAAUUGAAAUGGCUGAGAUGCAGUAGCGUGUGUCUUGCAUUUUGUGAUGCGAUAAUUUGUGAUUAUAUAUGCAA